AUGAUUAAAAAGCAAGCUCAGCAUUGGAUCAAUUCCAACCAUCAAUACUUUACACCUUCAACUCUCCAUGUGUUGCACAGUAUUUGUCACAAUAUCAUCACUCAUCCACAUGAACCCAAAUUUAGAUGUAUCAAAAUGGAAAAUCCAAAAUUCAAAGAAAACAUUUUAAACGUGGAAGGUGCAAUGGAUUUGUUGUAUCUCGUCGGAUUUGAACAAGAUCCCAUUGAACAUACUAUUUUAUAUCGAUGCAAUGGUAAAGAGGAUGAAGAUUUAAUGGUGCAUGAUCUAUCGGAGUUGUGUCAAGCCAUCGAAGAGUCGAAUCAUGACUAUUCCACCUCUGUUGCGCAACAUCAUGCACUGUCUCCUCGUCUUCGAGAAGCAACAUCUUCAUCAUCAACAACAACAACAACCACUCAGAGCACUUCCUCUACCACAUCAUUCAUGACCUCUCCUCAUUCCACAACAACAACCUUCUCCUCCAUCAGUCAACAUGCUGAGCCUACCAAACAUGUCUCUCAAAUGAUGUCUCAAAUGAUGUCUCAAAUAUCCUCUAUCGCUCAUGAUGAAGAGUAUGAGAAGAAACAACGUGAGUUAGAGGAAAGAAGAAAACAACUUGCAGAAGAAAGAAGAUUAAAGAGAGAAGAAGCUCAAAGAAUAAAGAAUCAAGCCAAAUUGGACAGAAAAGAAAAGCAUGAUGAAGAUGAAUAUGAACAUGAAUUAGGAGUAACAGCUCAUUCACACUUGCACAAUCCUCAAAAAGGAACUCCACCUGGUCAUAAUCCUUUCUAUUCUGGAAUGAUUACAUUCAAGGAUAUUGGAAAUGAAUAA